UCUCAACUCUCUCUCUCUCUGUCGAAUUCUCUCUCUCUAAAACUCAUGAGUUUCGCACUUCACCGGAAAGUGCUGACGUCAUCAAAACCUGGCAAUGGCACAAGCAGCAAGACUCAAUCUCCGAAUGCAAAAAGAACUUAAGCUCCUCCUAACCGACCCACCGCCGGGAGCUUCUUUCCCGCACCUCUCUCCUUCUUCCGAUCUUCAGUCCUCCUCUCUAACCGCCAUUGAUGCCUAGAUCGAAGGUCCUGAAGGUACUGUUUAUGAAAAAGGGGUGUUCAAGAUUAAGAUUCAGAUACCUGAAAGGAUAUAUUGAUGUUGCAUUUUUGUUCACAUCGGACAAGCCGGAAUCCAAGUCGGCAACUAACGCUGGGAGCUCUAUUGUCUCGAACAUGGUCGUCUGGUCAGAUCCCUAUCUCCUGUUCUUCUUCCUUUGGCACAUCGUUGCACGACUCUUGGAGAAUUGAUAAUCAACUUCGUGGCAGAGCAGGAAGGCAAGGAGAUCCUGGAUCAACACGUUUCAUGGUUAGUUUGCAGGAUGAAGUGUUCCAAAAGUUCAACUUUGACACUGAGUGGGCGGUGAAUCUGAUAUCGAGGAUCACAAACGAUGAGGACGUGCCAAUUGAAGGUGAUGCAAUUGUUCGACAAGUGUACCAGAAGAGGUGAUGACUUUUCCAUCAAUGUGUAGUGCUUGUGCGGUAAGCUGUGAGACUCAGAUGUUCCUCACAAGUAUCCUUUUUCGUGUCAUUAUUUGUUACAAGAUGAAACUGUUUUGUUUGUUUCUUCAAGAAACAAAAAUAUUUAUAAAUAUAAGAUAUCUGCCUUAUUGAA